AACCCGAUAUUUGGCCAUUAUCUUGGACCGUUAAACGCAUUGACUAACGGUUAACAUGCCACAUCAUCGCCUGGUCAUCAUAAAAAUUAUUAAAAUAAUCACAAUUUACACAUAUUUUCUAAUUUUUAAUUAUUAAAUUAAAUUAAAACAAUAUUAAAAAAAUAGAAACCCCCACUGCUCGGCCUCCCUCUGCUCUGUCAACUCCGCUGACGGAUACCCCACGAGAUCCCAAAUUGGCCAAACGUGAAAACCUAAAUCCUCAUCCUUCUCUAUCAAUAUAUUCCCCAACAAUGGCGCGAGCAACUCCCUCCACCGCUUUCUUCUUAUGCAUAGCCGCCGCCCUCCUAAUUCUCUCCGUCGUCGCUGACGCUCGCUACGAUCUCCCCGAUUUCCAGGAUUUCCGGUUCAAGGACCCCACCACAACAAGCGACGGCGAUCCCGUCUGUAACGGUCAAGUGGGGUCCCAAUCGUUACACCGUCCUCCUCCUACCGAGCGAGAAGCCCGCCGCCGUGCACGCAGAAGAUCUAGCCUCCGAUUCGGCGAAGGAGACGGAGGAAGAGAAGAAGAAGACGGCGGAGGAGGUUCCCUUGACGGCAGUUAGAUUCUGUCCAAUCAAACGUCACUUCGCCAUCCAUCCAACCCACCUCGUCCACCGCGGCGGGCCCACAAGUGCCACCACGGCCAAAUCGUUAGAGGGCUAAGGUCGUGGACCCCGCGCUAUGGCCGGAUCAGCCACCUCCCUUACGAAAAAGGGGAUUUCGUUUCCGCCGUCGCCGGUUGCCAGGAUUUGAACGGCAACGAACGCCACCUCCCUCUCGACAAUUAGACCUACGUGCCAUUGAGAUGGGGGCAACCUGACUACGAUCAUAGGAGGACUGCAGUUGUCAAUCUCAACUUCGAUGAUUUUUUCUCUAUCGAGAUGGAGAAGCCCCACUAGCACCACCGCGACGACGACGAGCAUCAGAGCGAGAACCUGAUCCUAAACAAGAUUCACAAGUUUCUGCACCAAUUUUGAAUACAGAAUACAUGAAUGGUGUCACCCUGGGAGGAAGAAUUAGUCAUGGCGAGUUGUUUGGGUUAUGGGAAAAGGGAAGGGAAAGUGUAAGAAAUGAGAGGUUGAGGAAGAAGAAGGGAACAUAGGAGAAAUAUAGAGAAAAGGAAGAAGAAGAAGAGCAGGGAAAAGAGUUUCUGUAAUUGAUUUUCGAUACUUUCUCCUUAUAUCACUACCCUAUUUAUAUGACACACUAAUUACACAUUUCUCCCCAAACUAAAUUGUAUUACAAUUAACCCCCUACCCAUACAUUAGUUCGUUACAACUCCCAACCCCUUGAGAAUUAGCGUUUUCCUCAAGGCUAAGAUACAAAUGAAAACACAGCAGCCUAGAAAUGCAACGAGAACAAGUAACAUAUGGAAAGAAACUGGAAAUGAUAAUGGUUGUUGAAGAGGACAAAAGAAAGUAAGGCCUCUGCUCCAUUACAAGAAAGCCACUGAGUAUGUUGCCUCCAACACUUGAUCCUCAAACUGCAAACUCCAAUCCUCAAACUGUAGACUCUUAUUCGACAGCCACCAGCAGCUCCUGAAGGUAAGCAAUCCACGACACAACCCACAAAAUAGAUCUCAUAAGCAUCACUAUCCAGCAUCACGACUCCAUUACAACCAUCAACCACCUUACAGCCCACUAGAACGAUACCUUUGUAGGGUUAUUUAAACUCAGGGAGUUUGCCUCUUCCACGCAAAAGCACUACAAUCCAGCAAAACUCCUUGUACGGUUCCUUAAAGUUGUGACAAGCAAUCCUUCUUUUAAACUUCACCCUAGGCCACCAAUACCCACGAGCUUUUGGUAAAACAGAAUCCCAUACACCCAGCAAAAACUCAUCAUCACAAGGAAUAAUAGGCAAGACAUAGC